GUCCACACGGUCUUGCGAACCUGAAUAUGUUUUAUAUCGGUUUGGCACCUUUUGUUCCUACGGAUUUUAAUCGUAAACCACGAUCUUUUGAUGAUUUGUGCCAUUGGAAAGCCACAGAAUUUAGAUUAUUCGGUUUUUACACAGGAUUGCUUGUUGCCCAUGAUUUCUUUCCGGAUGAAUACUAUAAGCAUUUUCUUUUGUACUUCUGUGCCAUCCGACUAAUGAGUACUUCAGAUAUUACACCCGAAGAUAUCUCUCUAGCUAGGGAUUUUCUUAAUAGUUUUGUUCAAGAAUAUGCAGAUUUUUAUGAACGUCGAAGUGUCACCUACAACGUUCAUGCCCUACUACAUCUCCCCGAAAUCGUUGAGGUCUACGGGUCGCUUGACACCUUCUCAGCAUAUCGCUUUGAAAAUUUUUUGCAACAUAUCAAGAGAAAAAUCACGAAGAAGCAUCAAAUCCUACCUCAAUUAUAUAACAGAAUGGAAGAAGAGUUUGCGAUCAUGCCUUUAAAAACAUGUGGGAAUCCUUCAUACUCUGAUCAGUUCCGUUUGACGACUCCUUAUUUUGGUGCAAACUUUGCUUACCGCACAUGCAUUUUUUCUACAUAUGAAAUCACAGCAAAUGAAAGAGAUGGUUGUUGUGAAAUUGAUAAUAAUUUCGCAAUUUCUAUAGUAGGCUUUUGCGAUUAUGAUGGUGUCAAAGGAGUAAUUGGGCGCAGAUAUCAGGAUCACAAUCCGUUCUUUCUUUCACCUGUUAAUUCGACUACCGUUGGCAUUUAUAAAGUAACCACUUUGGCUGAUGAUGCAGAUUUUUAUGCAAUUUCACGUAUAACAGGAAAAUUCAUGCGCCUUCCUCAUCAAAACACAAUUGUUCUUAUUAAAUUAUUACAUGAAAACAUGACGGAAUAA